AUUAAAACUUUCGGUUUCUCUGAGAAGCUCUGAAACAUGUGUGGGGGUGCUAUCAUUUCCGACUUCAUUGGUGUGAAGAAGCGUGGCCGGAGCCACGAUGGUCAGGACCUGUGGUCUGAGCUUGACCCUUUCUCUGACCUCCUUGGGUUCGAUGUCACCUCUGCUUCCAAAAACACACCACCACCGGUUCACUCCGAUCAAAACUUCCCUCUAGUCACAGACAUAAAAGUGGUGGCAUCAUGUGACAAGGUGGAGAAGAAAAGCGUGGGUGCUGAAAAGGGAAAGAAGAGUGGUAAGGUUCAGCGAGCUCGAAAGAACGUGUACAGAGGAAUCAGACAAAGGCCAUGGGGCAAGUGGGCCGCAGAGAUAAGGGACCCACAUAAGGGUGUCCGUGUCUGGCUCGGCACCUUCAACACCGCCGAAGAAGCCGCCAUAGCCUACGACGACGCCGCCAAGCGCAUCCGUGGAGACAAGGCCAAGCUCAACUUUCCUGCCACCAACACCACCGCCACUCCUCCAACUCCGCCACCCUCGAAGAAGCGGUGCCUCAGCCCCGAUCUUAGUGAUCAAGCUAGCUCCAAACCCAUUGAGCCACCGUCUUCAACAACCGUGCACGGCGGUGUCGUCGGCGGAGACGACGGCGGCGAGGAACUUGACCUGAUGCAGCAAAUCUCGAACCUUGAAUGGUUCCUGGGCUUGGAGAAUGAUGAGCAGCAGCAGCAGCAGCCGCCGCUGCCUGGCGGAAUCUGCGGCGGUGCUGAGUGGGACGACAAUUUCGUGGACCUGUGGUCGCUUGACGACGUCGUUAUGCCCAACCGUAACCUAGCUUACUAGGAAAUUGGAAUGGGGGAAAUGGAACGUCGUGGGUGUUUUGUUCUCUGUUUAAUUAAUUCUAAAGUCUUUAAAUUUAGGGACCGUAUAAAACUGUUAUGUUAUUAUGUGUUCUUAGUUUCCGAUGUUGUCUCUUCUACCCUUUUUUGGUUUAUGUCUUGGACGGUCAGAUGAUUUUCGUAUAGGUGCACCGUAUUAGCAGGAUGAUUAUGAUUAUCUUAUAAAUAAAGGUACCUAGGGCGUGUGUGUUUGCAUCGUGCAUGUUUUCUAAUAUAUGUGUUGUAUGUAUAAUGUGAGUACAUGGUGUUACUUGUCGUUUAUGAAGUGAGUUGUCUAUA